AUGGUUCCUGGUAGAGUUCCGUUCUGGAGAAAAGGCACAAAAGGUGAACCAGAGCCAAAAACAACAGUCAAGAGGCCCGAGUACGAAGAACACAUCGACUUAUCGAUGCCUCACAAUCGGCAAAUCAAAGAUGGCAAACUAAUCGUCAAACGAAAAGGUGACGACUGGAAUGACUACACUUUUGGCGCAGAGAACGCUCGCAACACCGAUCCGCUCUUUCUCUCCAAAACAGUUAUGGUCGACAAUCCUGAAGACCCUGCUUCUGUUGCCAUGGCGUUACAAAAAUUUGAACAGUUUCAAACUCGUGAAGGAAUAAACAGAUACUACGGGUAUGGAUACAGAUUUAAAGAAGGCAAUACACAGAAACGGCGAAGGCUAGCUUAUAACGAAGUCAAAAAGACGGCAAGAGAUGAGCUUAAACGUAAAAUUGCUUUUACUAUGUUAAUGCGCCAACGUUCACAGUCUGAUUAA